UAUCUCUAACAUAAAUGUGUGAGUUAUAAAUGUUUGGAAUGUCAGAUAAAUCUGUGGAAUGGGUUUGUUCAUGAACUCUCCACUGACAAAAACCCAGCAGCAGCAGUGAGAUCCAGUGCUGCUGAAAAUCAUCUGUCAGGCCACUUCACCUGAAACCGAGCGACACCGGCAGAGUAAAGACGAGCCCUGAUCCUCCUCUCAUCAUGUUUUCUACAUGAAGAAAGUAGGAAACGCAAACUCACCAGAGGGUAGAAAAUCUUAAGGCAGUUGGGAAACGCGACAUCAGAAGCGUCUCCGGUUCGAUCCCUCGGUGGAGUUUGUUCUCCAUCACUUGGAUGACCAUCACAUGAUGAAGGGAUGGUUUGAUGGUUAACAAGACUAGUCAAGUGUCCUUGGUGCAGCUGUUUUCAGUCUUCCAUAGGUUUAUUUUGUUGUCUACUAAGAGCAAAAGUACUCAUUGUGCAGAAUGGCCCAUUAUAAAAUAUCAGAUAUUAUGUCACUGAAUUCUAAUUAUCGAUGUAUUGAUCACUUUGAUGAUGAAUGGUGUAUUCAUCACUGCUGCGGAGAUUGAUCCACGAUGAGACUCGUGAGUGAUAUGGCUUUUAUUGUGAAGGGCCAGUGUCGGAAGUUGUUUGUUGACAUUUCCGGUGGCUGCACCUCUGCUGUUUGACUGGAUCGGUGUUACAGAGGGAACCGUCCGACCUCGUGAGCUGAGCCUGAGCGAUGAUUCCGUGAUCACCGCAGCUAACGGUGACUGAACCGUGGGUUUGUAUAAAGUUAAACAGACUGAGUAAAGACCUCAGCAGCUCUCUCUCCCCCCCCCCCCCUCCCCCCCUCAGGGUGAGGAUGAAGCGGGUGGCGGUGGUCGGGGCGGGGGCGGCAGGACUCUGUGCAGCCAGACACAUCCUGUCGUGUCCGAACAGCUUCGCCCCUCCGGUGGUGUUCGAGCUCACCGACAACAUUGGCGGCACUUGGUGUUACGACGAACGCGUCGGCACGUAUGACAACGGACGACCGAUUCAUAGCAGCAUGUACAGAGACCUCAGGACCAACCUGCCCAAAGAGGUCAUGAUGUUCCCCGAUUUCCCCUUUGACCCUCAGCUGAACAGCUUCCUGCCCCAUCGGGAGGUUCAGAGGUACCUGGAGAGAUACUGCCAGAGCCACAAGAUCCGCCCUCACAUCAGGUUCAGCACUGUGGUGGAGAAGGUGAAGCCAGUUGUUGAGACAGCGGAGACGACUUUGUGGGAAGUGACGUCCUCUGAUUCGUCAGGUUGUCAGAAAACCGAGACCUUCGACUCGGUCUUUGUCUGCUCGGGGCACUACUCUGACCCGCACGUCCCAGACAUACCAGGGAUACACAACUUUAAAGAGCUGAGGAAGGAAACAGCUUCACCAGGACAGGUGCUGCACAGCCACUCGUACAGGUACGCAGACGUGUUCUCGGGUCAGUCCGUGGUGGUUCUGGGAGCCAAAGCUUCAGGAUUGGACAUUUCCAUUGAACUGGCCAAAGCUGGAGCUCAGGUGACUCUGAGUCACGGCCGUCCUCGUCUCACCUUUCCUCUGCCCUCUGGGAUCCAGCAGUCCAGUCCCGUGGCGGCGAUCGAGGAUGACGGCAGCGUUCGCUUCCAGGAUGGCUCGGUGGGCGGGGCUGACGUCCUGAUGUUCUGCACCGGGUACAACUUCAGGUAUCCCUUCCUGGACGCGGAUCAGCUGGGUCUGGAGAUCCAGGACCACAUUGUGUCUCCACUGUACCUCUUCCUGAUGCCCCCUGCCUUCCCCUCGCUCUUCUUCAUCGGCAUCUGCAAGAUCAUCUGCCCCUUCCCCAACUUCAACUGCCAGGUCCAGUUUGCUCUGGCUGUGUUGGACGGCUCGGUCACUUUACCGUCUCGGGCUGAGAUGGAGGACAAAGUCCGGCGAGAGCUGCAGGCAAAGAGGGAGCGUGGAGUCCAUCAGCGCCACCUGCUGAUCAUGGACCAGGAUCAGUGGGAGUACUGCCAGACACUGGCUCACGCCGCCGGCUUCCCGCCGCUGCCUCCGGUCACACGCCGUCUGUACGAGGAGGUGUGGCGACAGCGGCAGAUUCAUCCCGAAAACUAUCGGACACUCAACUACAGGCUGAUCAGUGACACCCAGUGGGAGCUGAUCGAUUGACUGAUGGAGAAGCACCUGUGAGGGAGGAGACCCGCACAGGUGCUGGUUCAUCUCGACGCUCGCUUCAUAAGCUGCACUUUUGUUAAACAAACAUCCUGCAGUGUCUUAUAUUCCGUGUUGUUCCAGCAGCAGAAGACAAAAUCACGCACCAUCUUGAAUUUAUAUGAGCUCCGUCAACUUUAACGAGCCUCACCUGCGCUCCAUCACACGGAGUCAUGGAGCUCGGCAGCGGGUGUCAGGGUGAUGAAGUUCCCGGUCUGGUUCAGAACGGAUCAUUUCUCCGACCACAGGAUGAUCUCCACAAACACUGAUGUUCCCCAGAGGAUGAAUCCUCUGACUGUGAAUCCACCAUCUGGUGUAUUACCAAAUACCUGCAGAGCUAACGGCUUUCCCAUCAGCCUCAGCCCUGUUGUGUUUAUGAACUUGCUACGUUGAUGACAUCAUAGACAGGAGACAGUCAACACUGAAGGAUUUCAGUGUUACCUCACCAGGCCUGAACCAGGACUUUAGAAACAGAGGCCAAAUAGAAACUGAUAAAUUAAUAAAUAAUAAUGUUAAUAAUCAGUUCAUAUGUGGAUUUUUGUCAAAUGGUCCGUGAUCAGUAAAGUAUUAGUAAAUCAUUUAUUAACAUUAAUAAAUAAAUAAAUUAAAACUCUUUACAAAUGGUGCCUUAUAUUUUAAACCAAAAGUCAGAAUGAGUCAAAGAGACGCUGAACCAAAGCGACAGAGACACAAACAUACG